CGGUAUUACUCUCCGUUCAGAGUCUGAUAUUCUUCAUAUAUGAUGAGGAAACCGAGCAUCUGUUUGUGCGUCCUGCUGUGCUCUGUGGCUGCAUCGCUGGAUGGAGUUGGAAGACAAAUGAGCAAAGUGCAAACUUAUCAGGCCACGGUGAACUGGGAUGCUGCCCAGAAGAGCGUGACCCUGCAGGAGGGGGUGAUGGCGCGGGACGGGGGCGCCUGCGGAUUCUUCAACGACUCUCUGCUGCUCUCUGGAUGGGGCGUCCUGGAGAUCCAGGCCGGCUUUGGAGGAGCGCCGCAGGACGAUGAAAUCACAUUUUACCUGGCUGGUUACCUGGAGGGCUACCUGACUGCUGGACAGAUGUUCAGCCAUUACACCAACAUGUUUCCUCAGCUGGUAAAGGAUGAGCGAGUUUUAAACCCCUUAAAAAACUUCAUGAGCCAACAGGACCGCUGGGCCAGAGAGCAGGCGGCUCAGAGGAGGAACAGCGACCCCCUGUGGAAGCAUGUGGGACUGAUCCUGGCCCAGCUGGACGGGCUGCACGCUGGAGCUGCAGAGUGGGCCAAAAGCAGACACAGGGAGGCCCUGCCGCUGUUCGCGCUCCAGUUCCUGAAUGGUGUGGGUGACCUCCUGGACCUGGUCCCGGCUCUGACGCCUCGCUCCAACUCCUCGGCGGGUUCGGCCGCCUUCAGGAGGCCCGGGAUGGGCCUCUGCACGGCCCUCAUAAAGGUGCUGCCCGGUUAUGAAAACCUGCUGCUGGGUCACUCCAGCUGGUACAGCUACGCCGCCACCAUGCGGAUCUACAAACACUGGGACUUCAGGGUUUCCGAUUCGCGCGUCCACACCGGCCAGAUGUCCUUCAGCAGCUACCCGGGGUUCCUCAUGUCUCUGGAUGAUUUCUACCUGCUGGGCAGCGGCCUGCUGAUGACGCAGACCUCCAUCGGCAUCUUCAACGCCUCGCUGCUGUCUGGGCUCAGCCCACACCGCCUGCUGGCCUGGCAGAGGGUCCGCCUGGCCAACGGCCUGGCCCGCAGCGGAGCGGAGUGGGCGCAGCUCUUCUCCAGAUAUAACUCAGGAACCUACAACAGCCAGUACCUGGUUCUGGACCUGAGCAGGGUUCUGCUGCGGCGCAGCAUCCAGGCUGGAGCGCUGACGGUGGUGGAGCAGAUUCCCGGGAACGUCGUCCACUCCGACCAGACUCCGGCUUUACGUAGAGGUUACUGGCCGUCCUACAACGUCCCGUUCCACGCCGAGAUCUACGCCCAGAGCGGGUACGCCGCCAUGUGGGGGCGCUACGGAGAGGACUUCUCCUACGACCUUUGCCCCCGAGCCAAAAUCCUCCGCAGGGACCAGGCCAGGGUGUCUGACCUCAGCUCCCUCAAAUACAUCAUGAGAUACAACAACUAUAAGAGAGAUCCCUACUCCAAGGGCCAUCCAUGUAAAACCAUCUGUUGCCGUAACGACCUGAGACCAAGGAGGCCACGCCCAGGAGGUUGCUAUGACACCAAGGUGACAGACUACCAGAUGGCCCUGCAGCUGACCGCCGAGGCCGUAAAUGGGCCCACCACCCAGGGGGGACUCCCCCCGUUCUCCUGGAGGUCCUUCAACCUCACGGCUCAUCAGGGUCUCCCAGAAACCUACACGUUUCCCUUCGUCAUCAUGAAGCCCACGCUGCGCCGGCCCUGACAUGUUAGCUUGCUACAGCUCUGCCUGCUAGCUAGCUACAGCCAGCUAAAAUCUCCACCUGUUAGCUAGCCAUAGCCAGCUAACAGCUCUCCCUGUUAGCUAGCCAUAGCCAGCUAACAGCUCUCCCUGUUAGCUAGCUACAGCGAGGUUCUGAUGUUCAGUUUUUUUCAUUAAACUGGUAAAAAGUAGCCCUUGUUAUUCUUUAACCCUCAGGAGUUUCUACCUCUGUGUCUUUUCAUGAAGUUACUUCUGUAUAAAAAUUAUUUUACAUUUUUCAAUUACAUUGAAAACAAUUUCUACUGAACACAGCAAACAAGUGACUUAACAGUUUUAAUAAACUCUUUAGAGGUUUUGUCUUUCUCAAACCUCCUUCCUGUCCUGCUGAUCUUCUUGAGUUUCUGACCCAGAAAAUAAAUUAGAGUAAAAAGUAUUUGGUAAAAAUGAGGCUCAAGUAUAAAGUCACAGAUCUAUUCUACAUCCAACCCAUAGAGGGCAGCACUGAGGUGUUUUAAUAAUACAGAAUUAAACAUAAAACAUAAAGAAAGCCUUGAUAAAAACCAAUUUACAAAGUUUAUUUAAUUUGUUGCUUAGUUACUCUGUAAAGCUUAUUGAAAAAUAUGAAGUCUAAGAAUUUAAUAAUUGAGAACGUUUUACACUUUUCAACAGUCCCUACAUUUUGGUUUUCUUUAUCACCCUUUAAAGUUUCACAUUCAGUCAAGUUUGCAAGUUUUUAAAUUCCUUUGCUAUGAUUUCACAUCGUGAUUGCAGAGUCCCCCAGGUGCGACGUGACUGAGCUUGUUAGCUUCUCUGUGGACGUUCAGGGUGGAAGUAGAAAAAGCUGCUUCAACCGCAUGUUUACCACGAGUAAUUCAUCAUAGAGUAAAAACAUAAAACUGUAGCCAUAUAGAAUGUAAAAUAAAUGUUUAUCAGGUUACUAUUCAUUUACAUUUACUUGAGUAACUUUUGUUAAAAUGUACUUUUAGGAGUAUUUUUACUAUGCUGUACUUUUUACUUAUUUUCUUUGCCUGAUUGUUAUUUUUUAUUAUUUAUAUGAAUUAUUGUCAUUUUCAUCGUUAAUAUGCCACAAUUUCCACUAUAUAUUUUGGCCUGUCUAUAUGUUAAAUGAGUGAUAAGUUAAUCAGUAACUUAAUAUUGAAUUUUUUUAUUUUGUUUACCAAAUACUUUUUUACUUAUGUAAUUUACUUUUACUUGAGUAAAAAUAUGUUAAAGUACUGCUACUUUUAUUUUUU